AUAUUAGAUGUCUGUUUUAUCGAUCGAAGAGGUAGUAACAGAGCUCUGUUUUAUUAACUAAACAAGUAACACUGGGUAUCCAUUCAUACUUGUUCUUCUCAUGAUUAAAAUUUGCCUAUUUGCAGGGUUUCAGAAGCUUUCAUAUUUUUUUAUUACAUACGAACAUAGUCAUCGUUUUUGUUGUUCUCUUACGUCUUUUCAAAUAAGAACUUUUAUCUUUGAUCAUUUCAAUUAUUUGUCUAUUUAUAUAGGCUCGACUAAAGUUUAUUUAAUUAAAAAUUAUAUUAAAAAUAUGGUAUUAGAAAAUAAUAAAAAAGAUUCUAAUAAAAAUAAAGACAAAAUUAUAUUAUCGGUUAAAUUAAUAGAUAAUGAAAAAGAAAAUGUUCCUUCAAAACCGGCUAAAGAAAAGAAGAAAAUAACGAUUGAAGUGUACGAAGAUGAUCCAUGUUUACAGGGUAAAGAAAGAUAUGAAGACUCUAAAUUUGAAGAAGGAAAAUUUCUUUCUUCUCCUGGAUCAGAUCCAAGAUUUCAACAACAAAAUCAAACAUUACGAUGCUACGUCAUGUAUACGGAUUUUUAUCGAUGCGAACAUAUUCUUGGUGAAGGACACGAAGCUUGCACAUGGUUUAAACGAGUUUUUACUUCUAUCUGUCCAAACGACUGGAUUAGUAAUUGGGAUGAACUUCGUUUAAGUGGGAAAUUACCUUGGCACAAAUACAAAACUCAGGGCGAUUUCCCUGGCGAUAAAUAUGGCGUUUAAAAAUUAUGCCUAUAUAAGAAAUUAAAUAUCUUUGAUUUAAUAAUUUUUUCUUUUUAGUUUUUACCACUUUAUUAUUUUGUUAUAAUUAUACUUGGCUUCCCCAAAAGUAUUCUCCCAUGCAUUGUUUGAUAAAUAAUAUAUAUCACAGAGAUAGGAAUAAAAUAUUCAAUUUUUAUUAUACAGGUACAAGACUUUUAAUUAAUUAUUAUGAGGUAACGUAUAUCGAAGUAUGAAAAGAUACUCCACAGAAUCUCCGGUGUUGGUCAUUAGGCCGUCUUCUUCAAUUUCGAGUCUUCGCAUCAUCGAUUUCUUCUUUUUUUCUCCCUUUUUUCUUUUUUGUAUACGUUAAACACACUGAUCGUCAUGUAGCUUAUGUGUAUAUAUAUAUAUGUCUAUAUAUAUACAUAUAUAAAUACACACACACGUAUGACACUUUACAUGCGUAAAAAAUAGAUAUUUGGAAGAAUUUUUUUUUGUUUUCCAAUGUCUAUAUGAGAUAAUAGACACCCGAAAUAAGACGGUAAAUAAAUUGUUUUUUUCUAUUUUAGAUGCGGAUUUCUUACAUGAUAAAAUGGCAAUUAUUUGUGCAAGAACUCCUGCCACAUCAUGAGGACAACUUACCAUCUUCGGGCGUUGCUUCUACUUGGAUCAUCAGAAUGUACCGCGUCAGGAUCAAUAUAGUCUGCAAUUUUUAAUGCACACAAAUUUGAUUGAAAUGUUAAUGUAUAUAUGUAUAUAUAAAAAGAAAAAACAUAAUUUGACGUCACAUAAACAUAUUGCGUUCUUACAAAUAUGUAUAUAAAAAUGAGAUUCAUGAUAAUUUCAUAAUUCAUUAAAACUCGCAAUUAAAGGUUAGAA